GCGAUAUCGGCAUUAACAUGGCGGCUCUCAGGCAGGCAACGUUAAGGCUGUACUUUCACCGACAAAAUUUUCUCAAUCUUUACGCCGGUACCACUGCCGCCUGUAUACAUUGCGCCGGCAUUUCCUAUCAAUGUGCCUGGACGCCCAAGCUCUGUCCUCUUGUGUCGCCGUUGAGUGCUGGCAAGGCUCGCCAGCAAUUUUCAGUACCAGCGUUAUGUGCACACCCGGUCCGCCGAUGUUCAUCACGAAGCGAGAACAGCUUCGAUUUGAUGAAGAAUUCGCACAUAGUGUGGCCGAACCUGAUCUUUACAAUCAAGAAUUGGAUACAGACUAUGUUCAUCAUCAAGCCCUACUUAGAUGCGACUUACAGCCAGCGGGAAUUCCUUGACGGUGCAAAGCAGGCAAUGACUUACGUUUCGGUUCUGAUGGGCAAUGGUGACUUCACAUCCAUGGAGGGCCUGGUCACUAAAGAUGUUGCGUCAGCAGCUCAGACAAAUUGCUGCUCCUUGAGUGUCGAACAACGUCAGAGGCUGGCAGUCAAAUUGUCCGACAUCUACUUUUGUUUCUUAUAUCAAAUUGGCAUCAUCAUGGAUGACAACAGCAACCGGAGAUAUUUGGAAGCCACUGUUGUCUACCACUACAUGCCAGGUCUAGAAGAGGCACGGCGAAAUCCUGCGAUGAUGGAUGGGACGGUGGAGCAGCUUCAAGAGAAGGUUCAUGUUGCCAACUACAGGUUCAUUCGGGACUACACUAAAGGUGCAGAGAGUGAUUGGACUAUCAAUCAACUAAACCACUUCAAAUUGUCAGCUGUACCAUGAGCACUUGUGGAGUUGCUUCAGUCCGCCAUCUGGAAUGUUUACUGCGAGCUUAUGUAGAUUGGUACUACCUGGCCAGUUGUGUAUGCAAUACUGGCAUUAAAUUUGUGUCUGCAACUAA